UGAUGAUCUUAAAGGUCUUUUCCAACCAAAGUGAUUCUAUGAUUCUAGUCUAUGAUUCUAUGACUUGAAAGAGAACUUAAUUUCAGUACACAGAGCUGUUUAGGAAGUUGAUGCGAGCAGUCGUGUGGCGGGGAGAGGCAGCCGCCUGUGGGUGUAGUACCUAGCACGUCUUGGGAAAUCUGCAGGUUGGAUCGUUACUCCAGGCUGAUUAAAUACCUUUUCCCUGUUGUUUUUAGGGAACCUGGAAUGGUUAGAUAAGAACAAAACCAGUUUUCUCAUCAUGUGGAGGAGACCGGAAGAAUGGGGAAAGCUCAUCUAUCAGUGGGUGUCGAAGAACGGCUUGACCAACUCUGUGUUCACGCUGUAUGAAUUAACCAGUGGAGAUGAUACAGAGAAUGAAGAAUUCCACGGCUUAGAUGAGCCUAUGCUGCUCCGUGCCCUGCAAGCCUUGCAGCAAGAGCACAAAGCUGAAAUUAUCACACUGGAUGAUGGCCGAGGCGUCAAGUUCUUCUGAUGGGAGCCACCUCCCCUCCCCUCUUCCCUGGCUGCUGAAGCAGUUCUCGCUGUGAAGGUUCACUCUCCUGGCCUGGUUUCAAGCCGUGACUGCAAGUAGCUGCAUACUCGGGAUUUCUUGGGGCGAGGAAAAUCUGCGAAGCCUUCCAAAGACAUGACUUCUUAGAAAUAUUCAGAGAUCCUCUGUCUGUCUUUUCUCCCUGUUGAUUGUGUUUGCGAAGCUAAAGCUGCUUUAGGCAGUUCUGAGAGGGACCACCCAGAAGUGGAAAAAAUGGGACUGCUCCUCCUGUUGCCCAUCCCGUUCCUGUGAAGGCCACAGAGCGGUCUCUUCAGCUGGCUGCUCGACCUUGGCCUCGAAGGGCACCUUCUUCCCUCCUGCCAGCCGUGUGCUUGGGCUCUGCAGUCCCCGCUGCGUUGCCAAGCGGGGUGAAAGCAAGCACAAGGAACUCGCCAUCGCUGCUGUGCUGUAGAAGACCUCAAUGGCAGAAUGCUGUGUGCUUGCUGCGAAGCAGGCUGAGCAGCGGGGUGGGGGUGGAUGCCAAGGAACUAAUUUGAAGUAAUUAAAAUGAGAUGUAUUUAUAGAGCAGCCUGGGUGUUUUCGUCUAUCUCUGUUUUUCCAUCAGAAACAAAACAGAGCAGCGUACCAGGUUCUUGCCCUUCGGCUGUGUUUCCUUACUGCACCAGAUGAACGCAGCAGCGUGCUGGGGAGAGGGCGGGCUUCCCGAACCACCCCAUCUGGGUGGGAAGCAGGCAGCACAAGUGCUUUUUUUUCUACAUGCCGGCACUACAGACCGUGUGGGCCCUUACUGCCUGUCUUCAGGGCAGCAUUUACUUCCAUUUUCUACGUGCAGUCUGCUGAAAGCCACUGGGUUUGGUGCAGAGGUGGUGGGGUAAGCUCUGUACAACAGCGGCUGGUGGACGGUGUGACCUAAGUUUUAGAUUUUUCAGUGCUGAUAAUGAAGUACCCAGCUUGUCAGAAACCACGAGCCAGGCACAGUCUUCGACCCAGUAAAUCCACAAUCGCUGACCAGUGGAAGCUGGACAGCUCUGCCAGGGAAGGAUCGUGUUCGUCUCUCCCAUUCUUUGCCCAAGCAUUCAGUGCCUGUUGCAGGCGGAGGUGGGUGCUGCUCUGGAGCGACCUUUGAUCAAACCCAGUGUGGUCGUUCUCGGGAUCCAGUGGAGCAGACGGCGCCUGCUCCCUGGCAUGCUUUGGCCAUCUGUCCCCAGCUGGGGCUGAACAGCUUGUCCUGCCUGCCCUGCCCUUGGAGGACGACUCGGCACCGCUUCAGCUGCAGUGCUGCUGACACCCCUUGUCAACAGUAGGUAAUUAUCAGUGUAGACAAGAUGCUGGAGUCCAGGCUGAGUUUGUGGGGCUGUGAAAUUUUAAAAUUUCCUUUUUGUAGCAGGAGCCUAUUGACCUGAACUCAAUGAGAUGUGCCCUGGCUUGAUCUGGGCACGUCGCUCUGGAGCUGUGGCUGCAGGCCGGUGACCAGGGUUCCUCUCUGUGCCGGUGACAGCAAUGCUGCGGAGAAAGGCACCAGCGGCACUCGUGCCGAGUCACGGAUAUGCUGGGCUAAUGCGGUCUCUGAUCCUUUCAGGACACCACCAUCCCUAAGAGCAUUGAGAUGUCUUGAGUGAGCGAAUGGGACGGUGCAGCCCGUGGUGAGCACACGGGCCCUGCUCCUGCAGGUGCCACAGCAGCCUGGGGGCAGCCCACGUUGGCUUCACGUGCCCUGCUCUCAGGUGCCUGUUCUGACAGCCUGGGCUGAGUCCCCACCCGAGCUGUGAGGUCUGGGGGCGGAGGAUGGAGGUGGCAGCCCUCAGGGAUGGACACGCUGGGGAUGCAAAGAGCUGUCUCGGUGCUGCCAUUGCACUGUCUCGCUGGGGAAUGUCAGGCAGUGGCUGAAGAAGCCCGGCUCCCCGCGACCGCCGCCAGCCAUGUUUGCAGAAGCAAAGGCUGGUGCAGGCUGUGCCGUGUGCUGGGAGCCCCGCAGCGCGUCCCGGCAGAGGCAGGGUGCCUGUCCCUGCA